AUGGCGCCCGGCCAGCUCGCCGUGCUCAGCGUCUCCGACAAGACCGGCCUGGCCGCCUUCGCCGCGGGCCUGGCCGCCGCGGGCCUGGGCCUGGUGGCCUCCGGGGGGACCGCCCGCGCGCUGCGGGAGGCCGGCCUGGCCGUCAGGGAUGUCUCGGACCUGACGGGCUUCCCCGAGAUGCUGGGGGGCCGCGUGAAGACCCUGCACCCCGCGGUCCAUGCUGGAAUCUUGGCUCGUAAUACCCCAGAAGAUAAUGCUGACAUGGCCAGACUUGAUUUCAAUCUUAUAAGAGUUGUGGUUUGUAAUCUGUAUCCCUUUGUGAAGACAGUGGCUUCUCCAGAUGUAACUGUUGAAAAGGCUGUUGAGCAAAUUGAUAUUGGCGGGGUCACCCUGUUGAGAGCGGCAGCCAAGAACCACGCCCGGGUGACGGUGGUGUGCGAUCCGGAGGACUACGCCGCGGUGGCCGCGGAGAUGCAGAGCUCCGACAGCGGGGACACCGCCCCGGAGACCCGGCGCCGGCUGGCCCUGAAGGCCUUCACGCACACGGCACAGUACGACGAAGCCAUUUCGGAUUUCUUCCGGAGGCAGUUCAGCAAAGGGGUGUCCCAGCUGCCGCUGCGCUACGGCAUGAACCCGCAUCAGACGCCCGCCCAGCUGUACACGCGGGGGCCCAAGCUGCCCGUCACAGUUCUAAACGGAGCCCCUGGGUUUAUAAACUUGUGCGAUGCGCUGAAUGCCUGGCAGCUGGUGAAGGAACUCAAAGAGACCUUAGGCGUUCCGGCCGCCGCCUCUUUCAAGCACGUCAGCCCCGCAGGCGCUGCCGUUGGCGUUCCCCUUAGUGAGGAUGAGGCCAAGGUGUGCAUGGUCCACGACAUGUACAAAACCCUCACACCCGUAGCCACUGCGUACGCCCGAGCAAGAGGGGCCGAUAGGAUGUCUUCAUUUGGUGACUUUGUUGCCCUGUCUGAUACAUGUGAUGUCCCUACUGCCAAAAUUAUCUCCAGAGAGGUAUCUGACGGUAUUAUUGCCCCAGGAUAUGAAGAAGAAGCUUUGAAAAUACUUUCUAAAAAGAAAAAUGGGAACUACUGUGUUCUUCAGAUGGACCAAUCUUACAAUCCAGAUGAAAAUGAAGUUCGGACUCUCUUUGGCCUUUGUUUAAGCCAGAAGAGGAAUAAUGGCGUCAUCGACAGGUCAUUAUUUAACAAUGUUGUUACCAAGAAUAAAGAUCUGCCGGAAUCCGCGCUCCGGGACCUCAUCGUGGCCACCGUGGCGGUGAAGUACACGCAGUCCAACUCCGUGUGCUACGCCAGGAACGGGCAGGUGAUCGGCAUCGGCGCGGGACAGCAGUCUCGGAUCCACUGCACACGCUUGGCAGGAGACAAGGCGAACUUCUGGUGGCUUCGGCAUCACCCACGGGUGCUCUCCAUGAAGUUCAAAACCGGAGUGAAGAGAGCGGAAAUCUCCAACGCCAUCGACCAGUAUGUCACCGGGACCAUUGGCGAGGAUGAAGAUCUGGUAAAGUGGAAGGCGCUGUUUGAGGAGGCCCCUGACUUACUGACCGAGGCCGAGAAGAAGGAAUGGGUGGGCAAGCUCAGGGAAGUGUGCAUCAGCUCGGAUGCCUUCUUUCCUUUCCGGGAUAAUGUGGACAGAGCUAAGAGGAGUGGCGUGGCGUAUAUUGCCGCUCCGUCCGGUUCUGCUGCUGACAAGGUUGUGAUUGAGGCCUGCGAUGAGCUGGGAAUAGUCCUCAUUCACACGAGUCUUCGGCUCUUUCACCACUAA